CCCAGCCCUGCAGCAACACCAGAGGAUCCUCAACAGUGACUGCCUAUAUACGACGACUCAGUGAAGGCCGGCUUAGCAACGAUAAUUACCUCGUAAGGACAACGUCACUAACAGAAAAACGAAGCCACAAUGAAGGUCUUCCUCACCCUCCUCGCCGCCCUCGCCGCCGCCGCCCUGGCAGCCCCGUUUCCUCAACACAUCGCCUUCCCCGAGCCUCCCCAGCUUCCCCAGGCAAACUUCUUCCCCCAAGCGACCCAGCACCAGGACGCUCACCAGAAUACCCACCAGCAGAACUUCCCCCAGAGCACCCACUCACAGAACUUCCCCCAGAACACCCACCAACAGAACUUCCCACACAACACCCGCCUGCACGCCUUCCCCAACGCUGUGCCCGUCGAGUCGCAAGUUUGGCCCAUCAUCCCCUACAGCUACACCUACUCCGUCAGCGACCCGGAGACAGGGAACUACCAGAACAAGGCAGAGAUGAAAAACGAUCUGGGUGAGGUCUUCGGCUCCUACUCUGUCCUCAUGCCCGACAACAUGAUCUACACCACCAUCUACAACGUCACCGGCACCAGCGGCUUCAUGGCUCGCGUUGAGAAGUCCCUCCCACAGCCGGCCGGUCACGGUUCCUCUGCAUCCUCUGGUUCUUCUGGUUCGUCUUCGCAUUUUGGUUCCUUCCCUGCCGUCGCUGCCGCCUCCUCCGCCUCCGCCGCCGCUUCUUCGGCUGUUCGAGGUCCCGGUAACGCAGUGUAGGCCAUUCGUGUUUUGUUUUCUCUUUCACUGUCUAUCUGUCUCUAUGUAUCUUUGUGUUUGUAUAUCUAUCUGUCUAUCUACUUUCUCUGUUGUUGGUAAUUCGAGUUUAGGCUAUUCGUAAUAUUUUCUUUUUCUCUAUCUGUCUAUCUCUUUAUACCUAUCUAGCUACCUGUCUCUCUCUGUUGCCGCUCGUUCGUAUUCUAUAACUGUAAUUAUUUUUUUUUUUUAAACAGCUAUGUACGCAUGUAUUUCUUGUCUAUAGUACCUCAUUUUCAGUCUCUUUUCUUUACAUUCUCCCUCUACGAAUUAUUUCCCUUCUUAGUUUCUCCUGAUUUUCUUUUCCUUCAUUCUUCAUUCUCCUCUCUUUCUUACCUUUCUCCUUUUCUUUUUCGACUUUCUAUUCGACCACAGCUUUCACCUAAUGUGCAGUGUAGUUCGGCGCCCUUAUUUUCUUUCAUCAUAACUUAUUAACAGUUUUCUUCCUUUUUUUCCUCCACCAGUUUAUUUUCACCAGUACCUCUCUCCCCUUUUACCUACAAACUGAUUUCUUCAUUUCUUUCUUCGACUCAAGGGUCAAUGUAACGGAGAUGAGCACCGAGGCCACGCGCAGCUUUAGUAUAUGCCCCCCAGCUUUCCUUUUUCUUAGCCUGCCUUUCCUCCAAGCACUUAAAUCCGACACUGUGUGAGACGCAUUUGCACUAUUUCUUUCUUGUUGCCCUUCUCCGGCGACCCCCGACCUUUGCUCUUGUUCAUGUUACGUUUUCCUUUCAUACAUGUUUUUACGAGUCACUGAAAUAAAAAAAAUGUUUCCGUCAGUGACUCAAGACUCUUAAUCUAGUACGUCAAGUAAGAGUUUAAGCUUUUUAAUAGAAUAUCCUAAGUAUAUUUUUGUACGGUAUUUUUGUACGGUUUUUGCCACUUCAGAGUUUUAUUUUUUCUAGUUAUUGUCAUAAUGUUAGAUAUUCUUCGCGUUGUGGAAAAGGUUGUGUUUGUAUUGAAAAGUAUAAAUGAUUUGUUGUUAUACUUUCUUGUGUUCACGCUUCGUAUAUUAAA